UCGGCCGCCGCCACGCCUCGCGCCCCAUGCUGGUGCACACGUACUCGGCCAUGGAGCGCCCCGACGGGCUGGGCGCCGCGGCCGGCGGGGCCCGCCUGUCGUCGCUGCCCCAGGCGGCCUACGGGCCGGCGCCGCCGCUCUGCCACACUCCGGCCGCCGCCGCCGCCGCCGACUUCCAGCCGCCCUACUUCCCGCCGCCCUACCCGCAGCCACCGCUGCCCUACGGCCAGGCGCCCGACGCCGCGGCCGCCGCCUUCCCGCACCUGGCCGGGGACCCGUACGGGGGCCUGGCGCCCCUGGCGCAGCCGCAGCCGCCGCAGGCCGCCUGGGCCGCGCCCCGCGCCGCCGCCCGCGCCCACGACGAGCCGCCCGGCCUGCUGGCGCCGCCCGCCCGCGCCCUGAGCCUCGACCCGCGCCGCGACUACGCCGCCGCCGUGCCCCGGCUGCUGCACGGCCUGGCCGACGGCGCGCACGGGCUCGCGGACGCGCCCCUCGGCCUCCCGGGGCUGGCCGCGCCGCCCGGCCUGGAGGACCUGCAGGCCAUGGAUGAGCCAGGAAUGAGCCUCCUGGACCAGUCCGUUAUCAAGAAAGUCCCCCUCCCCUCGAAAGCCAGCAGCCUCUCCGCCCUCUCACUGGCCAAAGACAGCCUGGUCGGUGGCAUCACGAACCCCAGUGAGGUCUUCUGCUCCGUGCCAGGCCGCCUCUCACUGCUCAGCUCGACAUCCAAGUACAAGGUGACCGUGGGGGAGGUCCAGCGGCGACUCUCGCCUCCUGAGUGCCUCAAUGCCUCCCUCCUGGGGGGCGUUCUUCGCAGGGCCAAGUCCAAGAAUGGGGGCCGGUGUCUAAGGGAACGGCUGGAGAAAAUUGGGCUCAACUUGCCUGCUGGCCGUCGCAAGGCUGCCAAUGUGACCCUGCUGACUUCACUGGUGGAGGGAGAGGCGGUGCACCUGGCCCGAGACUUCGGCUAUGUGUGUGAGACGGAGUUCCCAGCCAAGGCAGCUGCUGAGUAUCUGUGCCGACAGCACGCUGAUCCCGGGGAACUGCACAGCCGCAAGAGCAUGCUGCUGGCUGCCAAGCAGAUCUGUAAGGAGUUCGCAGACCUGAUGGCUCAGGACCGCUCACCGCUGGGCAACAGCCGCCCAGCACUCAUCCUGGAACCUGGGGUGCAGAGUUGCCUGACACAUUUUAGCCUCAUCACCCAUGGCUUUGGCGGCCCUGCCAUCUGUGCCGCUCUCACAGCCUUCCAGAAUUACUUGCUGGAAUCACUCAAGGGGCUGGAUAAGAUGUUCCUAAGCAGUGCAAGCAGUGGGCAUGGUGAUACAAAGGCUUCAGAGAAGGAUGCCAAACAUCGGAAGUAACUUUCUCCAGCUCCAAGCCCAAGGGGCACCCAAGGCUUAAAGUGAGGUCUGAGCUCCUGAGGCGGGCCUGAAAAGAUGAAAACAUGUGACUGGAGUCAGGCUGAAAAAAAAAAAAAAA